AUGACACACUCAAAGUACUUCAUGACCACCAAGAAAGGGGAGAUCUUUGCGCUGAAGGCAGAGCUUUCCAGCGACAAGAAGGAGAAGAAGGAGGCAGUGAAGAAAGUAAUCGCCUCCAUGAUUGUGGGCAAAGAUGUCAGUGCCUUCUUCCCGGACAUGGUGAACUGCAUGCAGACAGACAACCGGGAGCUGAAGAAACUGGUGUACGUGUACUUGAUGAACUACGCUAAGAGCCAGCCCGACAUGGCUAUCAUGGCUGUCAACACCUUUGUGAAGGACUGUGAGGACCCCAAUCCCCUGAUCCGAGCCCUGGCCGUGAGAACCAUGGGCUGCAUCAGUGUGGACACGAUCACAGAAUACCUGUGUGAGCACCGGAAGUGCCUGAAGGAUGAGGACCCCUAUGUACGCAAGACAGCAGCUGUGUGUGUGGCCAAGCUCCACGAUAUUAAUGCCCAGCUGGUGGAGGACCAAGGCUUCCUGGAAACCCUGAAUGACCUCCUCUCUGACUCCAACCCCAUGGUGGUGGCAAAUGCAGUGGCUGCCCUCUCGGAGAUUGCCUAGUCUCACCCCAGCAGCAACCUGCUUGACCUGAACCCACAGUCCAUCAACAAGCUGCUCACUGCCCUGAACGAGUGCACCGAGUGGGGCCAUCUCUUCAUCCUCGACUGCCUGGCCAACUACACGCCCAAGGACAACCAUGAAGCCCAGAGCAUCUGCGACCGGGUCACCCCCAGACUGUCCCAUGCCAACUCCGCAGUGGUGCUGUCUGCUGUGAAGGUGCUGGUGAAGUCCAUGGAGAUGUUGUCCAAGGACCUAGACUACUACGGUACGUUGCUCAAGAAGCUGGUCACACUGCGCUCAGCAGAGCCUGAGCUACAGUACGUGGCCCUGCACAACAUCAACCUCAUCGUGCAGAAGAGGCCUGAGAUCCUGAAGCACGACAUGAAGGUUUUCUUCGUGAAGUACAAUGGCCCCAUCUACGUGAAGCUGGAGAAGCUGGACAUUAUGAUCUGCCUGGCCUCGCAGGGCAACAUUGCCCAGGUGUUGGCAGAACUGAAAGCGUAUACGACAGAGGUGGAUGUGGACUUUGUGUGGAAGGCUGUGCGAGCCAUUGGCCGCUGUGCCAUCAAAGUGGAGCAAUCCGCAGAGCGCUGUGUGAGCACGCUGCUCGAUCCCAUCCAGACCAAGGUCAACUAUGUGGUCCAGGAAGCCAUUGUGGUCGUCAAAGACAUCUUCCGCAAGUACCCCAACAAGUACGAGAGUGUGAUCGCCACGCUGUGCGAGAACCUAGACUCCCUGGACUAGCCCGAGGCCCGGGCUGCCAUGAUCUGGAUCGUGGGCGAGUACUCCGAGCGCAUCAACAAUGCCGACGAGCUGCUGGAAAGCUUCCUCGAGGCCCAUGAUGAGAGCACCCAGGUCCAGCUGCAGCUCCUCACUGCCAUUGUCAAGCUUUUCCUGAAGAAGCCCACCGAGACCCAGGAGCUGUUGGUGCAGCAGGUCCUCAGCCUGGCCACGCAGGACUCAGAUAACCCGAACCUGCGGGACCGCUGCUACAUUUACUGGCGCUUGCUCUCCACCGUCCCAGUAGCCUCCAAGGAGGUGGUGCUGGCGGAGAAGCCGCUCAUCUCUGGGGAGACGGACCUCAUGGACCCCACGCUCCUGGAUGAGCUCAUCUGCUACAUCGGCACGCUGGCCUCUGUCUACCACAAGCCACUCAGCGCCUACGUGGAGGGCGGCCAGGGUGUCCUGCAUAAGAGCUUCCCCCGCCCCCGCACUGCCUGGAGUGAGAGCACAGAGAGCCCCGAGGCAGCCCCCACUGGAGCCCCUUCUGCUGAGCAGGCCGAUGUCAUCCCCCCUCAGGGCGACCUGCUGGGAGACCUCCUCAACUUGGACCUUGGCCCCCCAGUGAGCGGCCCACCCCUGGCCACCACCUCAGUGCAGAUGGGACCUGUGGAUCUUCUUGGCGGGGGCCUCGACAGUCUGAUCACAGGCACCAAUUCCACUGCCCAGCCAGCAGCAGUGUCAGCCACCCUGGGAGCUCCCAGGGGCAGCGGCCUGAUAGACCUCUUUGACCUGAGCAGUGGUGUGGGUUCCCUAUCAGGAUCCUAUGUGGCCCCCAAAGCAGUCUGGCUUCCUGCCAUGAAGGCCAAGGGGCUGGAGAUCUCGGGCACCUUCACGCGCCUGGUGGGCUCCAUCACCAUGGACCUCCAGCUGACCAACAAGGCCCUGCAGGCCAUGGCCAACUUCGCCAUCCAGUUCAACCGCAACAGCUUUGGCCUGGCCCCCGCCGCCCCCCUCCAGGUCCAUGCACCACUCAGCCCCAACCAGAGCGUGGAGAUCUACCUGCUUCUCAGCACGGUGGGCUCAGUUAUGAAGAUGGAACCGCUGAACAAUCUCCAGGUGGCCGUGAAGAACAACAUUGACGUUUUCUACUUCAGUACCCUAUACUCCCUACACACCUUCUUUGUGGAGGAUGGGAAGAUGGGCCGCCAGAUGUUCGUGGCCAAAUGGAAGGACAUUCCCAAUGAGAAUGUAGCCCAGUUCCAGAUCAGAGAUUGUCCCCUCAAUUCAGAGGCUGUGAACACCAAGUUGCAGAGCAGCAACAGCUUCACCGUUGCCAGAAGGACCGUGGAGGGCCAGGACAUGCUGUACCAGUCCCUGAAGCUGACCAAUGGCAUCUGGGUGCUGGCCGAGCUGCGGGUCCAGCCAGGCAACCCCAGCCUCAUGCUGUCCCAGAAAUGUGGAGCGCCAGAGGUGUCCCAGCACGUGCACCAGGCCUACGAGACCAUCCUCAAGAACUAAGGCCCAU